AUGGCUACAAACGGAGCCCAGGAGGCCUUUGCGCCGCCCGAUGUGCUGGCUGCUGUUAUGACUAUGAGGAGUGGGGAGCAAGAGGCCAAGAAACAUGCUCACGAGUACUUGGAGAGGUUUCAGAAAUCGAAAGAUUCAUGGGCAACUAUAAUAGGUAUUUUGCAGUCGGAGGCUGCACCAGAAGCCACCCUAUUUGCAGCCAUUACACUGCGUGGAAAGAUCACAUACGACCUCUCUACGCAAGUCCCUGCUAGCGAACUGCCCGCCCUUCGAAACCAGAUCCUCCUGCUUCUCAAGCAUUUCGCCCCAGGGCCCAAGCCUAUCCGAGUCCAGCUGUGUGUAUGCCUGGCUAUCCUCGCCAUCCAGAUGAAGGAGUGGAACGAUGUCCUGCCUUCUGUUGUCCAGUCGCUCAGCGACAGUCCCGAGAGCCACGCCUGCAUCCUGGAUUUCCUGCGGGUUCUCCCCGAAGAAGUUACCGAAGGUCGAAAGAUCACCUUGUCUGAAGAAGAUCUUGCAAUGCGAACGCAAGCUUUAUUGACCGAUAAUGCGGACCAGGUUGUCCAAUUGCUCAUCAGCUACGCUCAAUCGUCACCAACUGCCGCUCAGAACCCUCAGUUGAUGGAGUGCAUUACCUCAUGGCUCCGAGAAGUCCCAGUCAGCAAUGUUAUUGAGUCGCCUCUCAUGGACAUUGUUUUCAACGGCACGACCAACGAUAACUGCAGCCAGGAGGCUUCCGAGUGUCUUUGCACCAUGCUUCGAGAAACCAGCGACGUCGACGAGAGCCAGGAAAUGAUCGAGAGACUGUUCCCCCGAAUUAUUUCACUGCGGCCGCAAGUGGCCAAGGCAGCUGAGGAGGAAGAUACCGAGACACUCAAGGCUUUGACCAAGGUAUUUGCGACUGCUGCAGAGAGUUGGGUUGUUGGAAUCGCACGCCAACCUACACACUUCCGGCCUCUGGUCGAUGCAGUAUUGGAGUGCGCCUUGAGAGAUACGGAGCGAGAUGUGAUUGAGCACACCUUUAACUUUUGGUAUGAGCUCAAGCUCUAUCUUGUGCUAGAUAUCUACAUUCAAGGCCGCAUGGAGCUGGUUGAUGUGUACUCCAAGUUGGUCGACAUUCUCCUCAAGCACCUCGAAUAUCCCAAGCCGGACUCUGGUAACGAGAACGACCUUUUCGACGGAGACCGUGAGCAGGAGGAGAAGUUCAGGGAAUUCCGACACCAGAUGGGCGAUACGCUGAAGGAUUGCUGUGAAGUUAUGGGCGUUACAGACUGUCUGACGAAGGUUCUUGAAGCCAUUCAGCUGUGGAUGUCCAAAUAUGCCAGUCAAGUUACCGACACAACAGUGCCUCACUGGCAAGAGCUGGAGGCACCUUUGUUCUCUAUGCGCGCCCUAGGUCGCAUGGUUGACAAGGACGAGAGCAUCGUGCUCCCUCAGCUUAUGCCUCUCCUGGUACAGAUCCCCAGUCACGAGAAGCUUCGGUUCGCGACUAUCAUGGUCCUCGGCCGUUACACAGAAUGGACCGCCGCCCACCCCGAGUACCUCGAGCCUCAGUUCAGCUACAUCGUCACAUCGUUCCAGUCGGAUUCGAAGGAGAUUAUCCGUGCUGCUGCUCUGGCUAUUAAGUUUUUCUGCACAGACUGCAAGCAUCUCUUGAGCGGCCAAGUGCUACAACUACAGGAAUUCUACGAUCAAGUACUGGACAAGCUGCCCGAGCUGAGCAAAGAGGAGAUCACCGAGGGUGUGGCCAACGUUGUGGCUUGUCAGCCUACAGAGGAGGUCUACCGCCUGCUCAAGCUAUACUGUGACCCAUUGAUUCAACGCCUGAUGACGAAGGCUAACAAUGCCACUGAUGAAGAGGGCAAGCUGGCGCUUGCAGAUCACCUUCAGCUCAUCACCAUCUUCGUUCAAUACGUUGUGCCUCCCGUCGGCCCAGGUCAGGAGAACCCUGCUGUCAAAUACUGGCAAGAGGUGUUCCCCAUUUUGUCCACUGUCUUGGAAAACUUCCUAAGCUUUACACCCAUCUGCGAGCGUGUGUGCAGGUGCUGGCGCAACAUGGUUAUCUCUCAUCGUACGGCGAUGGCCCCUUUGCUUCCAGAUAUGGCCAACAAGCUAGCCGGUGGUUUCAACAACUCAAGAGAGGGAUGCUUCUUGUGGGUAACUUCUGCAAUUCUGCGUGAGUUCUCUGAGGCGCGCGAGCACGUUGACCAAGCCACCACCGAAAACAUUUACACCUUCUUUGAGGCCCAGACCACGACCUUCCUCCGAGUCAUGACAGAACUACAGCCCAAGGAGCUCCCCGACGUUAUCGAUGAUUUCUUCCGUCUGCUAAUUGAUGCUCUUCUCUACUACCCUCAAAGACUGAUUCCUUCUCACCUGUUGAGGUCGGUCUUUGAGGCAGCCAUCUACGCUCUUACUCUGGAGCAGCGAGAUCCUCUAUCCUCAACUCUGCACUUCCUCCGUGAUCUCCUGUCAUACGGCGGCGAUAACCCUGCCACGAGCGACAGACUCCCCGAGGCUACAGCGGUGGAGAUCAGGACUAUCGUCAAGAACCUGCUGCUCACUCUUGGUGAGGGGCUAGUCAAGCAAGUCAUGGCGGGCAUGAUGAUCACUUUCCCCCGAGAUUGUUUCGCCGAUGGCAGUGGCGUCCUCCUGGCUUUGUUUGACUUGGUCCCACUCGAAACUCACCAGUGGGUGGCCCACACAAUACAGCUGCUACCUGAGGGAACCGUCUCCCCAACUGAGGCCAACCGAUUCUUGGUCAAGGUCAAGGAGAAGCUUGAGUCAGGGGACCCUAGCGGCAUGAAGAACGUACGUGCAAUCUUGCAAGACUUUACCAACACAUACAGACGACGAAACGUGGCACCGCGCGAUGGACUUGGCCAGCUCGAGGCUACACGAUUCCAGUUUUCUGGAUGA